GCAUCAUUUUUGAACAGCCACCAGAACGUGCGCACCCGACGCCAUGUCAACCAGGGGAGUCUUUUCCAAAGGCCCUGCCUAUGUGCCGCUGGAGGUGAGCACGCAGGCGGCCCAGGCGGAGGAGGACUUGGAGGAUGAUCCUGUCAACUAUCGGUAUCGACCAUUCAGUCAACGGAUGGCACGGAGACGUUCUCGUCCGGCGAGAAAUUGGUCGCCACUUGUUGGAGGCGUGGCAAUCGCUUUCGUGGUAGCGGCUGUAGCGUUGUGGGGAUGGGCUUUGGUAUUGCUCUUGGUGCGUCUAAAUGCGCUACGAUCACCGCAUGAACAGCCGCAGAUGCUCGAUUUGCAGCAGGAGAAGAAUGGACCAUAUGGACCUUUGCCAGCUCCUGCAGUAACCGAAGUGCUCGCGUUGCCCGCACCGGAAUCUGACUGAUUGCCGCGCGCGCCGCGCGAUGAAAACAGGACC